CUCAAGAAGAAAGCAGACACGCAAAAACAGAGAAUCAAUCAAAAGGAAGAGAAAAGGAAUGGUUCCUUCACUUCAAUCCUACAACAAAUCCCCCAAACUCGAAUUCGAGCUACCCCUAAAUGAAAACGACUCUCAAGACAUGGUCCUUUACCAAGUCUUAAACGAGUCCAUGUCCAUGAACCAAACCAACCGAGCCGCACCACCCAAAGGUAGGAUCCGGUCCCAGCCAGGCGUCGAACCAAGACAAGGUGUCGGCAAGAAACACUACCGAGGAGUCAGACACCGUCCAUGGGGGAAGUUCGCGGCCGAGAUCCGUGACUCAUCACGGAACGGAGCACGUGUGUGGCUUGGCACGUUCAACACCGCCGAGGAGGCGGCCAUGGCCUAUGACCGGGCCGCGUUCCGGAUGCGUGGUGUAAAGGCACUGCUCAAUUUUCCGCAGGUCGUUGUAGACGGUUCAAUUCCUCCAUCGAUUUCUAGUGCAUCAUCAUCUUUGGAAGUUUCAUCGGGGGUAGAUCAAAUGGGACCUGGUGAUCCGACGGUUGAUGUUGGAUCUUGAAUUGUAGAGAAGUUGCUUUGUAGAUGUGUAGUGUGCCAUGGAGAAAUGAGACAUGAAGGGGUACAUAUGUAGGUAGAGUUUGAUUGAGGGUUUGGUGUUGUAUAUACAAGAGAUGUAGUUGAAAAUGUUGUGUUUUAUGAACUGUAGUUAUGUUACGAAAAAAUAUGAAAGUGUAUGUACCUUUGUGUUAAUAA